CUGCCAUUCUCCAGUCGCAGUCGGUCUCCCUUCUCCAUUCGCCGUCCGCGUUGAGAAGCGUUCGCAUGAUAUCCGCUGUGCAGCUCAUUCGUUGUUUGUUCUAAAAUUUUAGUGAAAAGUGUGAGUGCUGUCCUUUUCAGUUGUUCAUUUCUCACAUUUUCCCACCCAUUUACUUAAUUUAAAUUAAUACGUACGUCGUAACGCGUUUCUCAGCUUUGCGAGGAAAUUCCACAACGGCGCGACGUAUCACGUGAAACGUCAGUUAUUUCUCUCCGUGUUUUUCCAGUGGUUUUUUUCAACUUCGAUUAGUUCAACGCUAUGGAGUGUCUAAAUGUGCUUGUGAUUAGUGUUAAAUAGUGAUGUUUCGGAGCAUCAAAAAUGAAAGUGCAUUUUUUUGGAUUUUUACUGAGGGAAGAUUCUCCAACUUUAUUUCAGGAUUCCUGUUACAAAUAUGUGAUGCCGCGGUAAGAGUACCCCUAGGCAUCGCGAGGUUCUCGCAAUGGAGGCGGGGCCUAAGCAUGGCGCAGCUUCUGGAGUCGACCAGACCGACACGAGCAUUCCUGGACAAGGACAGGGCCAGGGUCAAGGUCCGCAGGAACCCUCCGCCGAAGCCGGCCCCGUCGAAGAAGGUGUCCUGCUAACAAGGGUCCACGUCCCAGAACUCUGCAUCAGCAAGUGUCUUCAGUUUCCGAGGGACCAGCUCGUCUGGGACGUGAAGCAGCAAUGCCUCGCGUCCUUGCCGAAGGUGGCGACUUGGUACAGGGAAUUGAAGGAGAGUUUUAACUACGGCCUCUUCUGUCCACCUAUUAAUGGAAAAGCAGGGAAGUUUCUGGAUGAAGAACGUCACCUCGGCGAUUAUCCCUUCAACGGACCAGUUGGCUACCUAGAGCUCAAGUACAAGAAGCGGGUCUAUAAGAUGUUGCACCUCGACGAAAAGCAGCUGAAGGCGAUGCACACCAGGGCCAAUCUCAGGAAGUUUCUGGAUCAUGUAGCAAGCAGCCAAGUGGAGAAAAUCGCCAGGAUGUGCAACAGAGGUCUGGAUCCCAACUUCCAUUGUCAAGAAACCGGAGAGACACCAUUGACGUUGGCGACGACCUUAAAGAAGCCUUCAAAGGUCAUAAUCGCCUUGGUGAAUGGCGGAGCCCUUUUGGAUUAUCGGACGAAGGAGGGCUUAACAGCGAUGCAUCGUGCCGUCGAGAGAAAUAGUCUUGAGGCUGUCAAGACUCUGCUUGAGUUGGGAGCGAGUCCCAAUUACAAAGAUACCAAGGGACUGACACCUCUGUACUACAGUGUCACCUACAAAACUGACCCGAUGCUCUGUGAGACUCUCCUGCAUGAUCACGCGGUUAUCGGGGCUCAAGAUCUGCAAGGUUGGCAGGAAGUCCAUCAAGCCUGUCGGAAUAACCUGGUGCAACACCUAGACCAUUUGCUUUUUUAUGGAGCAGAUAUGAAUGCUCGAAAUGCAUCCGGCAAUACGCCUCUUCAUGUUUGUGCCGUUAACAAUACGGAUUCCUCUUGCAUUCGUCAGCUUCUUUUUCGAGGCGCUCAAAAAGACAGCCUGAAUUACGCUAAUCAGACACCUUACCAAGUUGCUGUUAUCGCAGGAAAUAUGGAGCUGGCAGAAGUUAUCAAAAACUAUCAGCAGGAAGAAGUUGUACCGUUUAAAGGCCCACCACGCUACAACCCGAAACGACGUUCUGUGGCAUUUGGUGGCCUGACCACAAGCUGUUCAGCUAUCAAUUUGGGAACCCUGACCAGGAUACCGUCCAUUCAACAACAUGCAUUGUCCUCUUCGUCCUCGUGUUCGGGAACCAGUACGCUCACAAGAACGGUGUCUGUUGACCAAUACCCCACUGGAACACUAUCCAGAAUCCCGUCCACGGAACAGCAAUAUGCUUCCGGAUCCCUUAGUAGGGUUCCAGCCGCGGAACAGUGUUAUUCUGGAUCGCAGGUUCGAGUUCCGUCCACGGAGCAAGAUACUGGCAUUUCGAGGUCCGAAUCGCAUCAUAGUAGUCUAAACAGAGUACCGUCCAUGGAACAAAGUAGAAUGGAGUGUGGAACACUCAGGAGAAUACCAUCCGAGCAAUACGUGUCUUCCGGAACUUUAAGCAGAAUACAUCACCAAGAGCAGGGGCUAAGCAGAGCCGAAAAUUUACAGCAUACCCUUAAUCGAUUACCGUCCGAAUACCAAAACCCCAACUCACUCAGAGACCAUAAUGCGAGACGCACACUUUCAAGAUUACCAAAUGCCGAGCACUAUCAAAACUUACGGACAGAAGGGCUCACAAGGCUCCAGGAGCAUCGACUUGAAUUGCAGCAUCGCUUGGAUAUUCAUCGAACGAUGGACAUGCCGCCCUCACCUUCGCCGAGCAGUAGAAGUCUAGCACCCUUCAGCUCAGCGAGCUCCAGCCUCUCCGAAGGGAGCAAUCAACCUUCUGGCGAGGAUUCCGCCAGCAUCGUCACAGACAAAAGCUUGGGCGAUACGGCAUCCGACGUAAUUAGCGAUAGUUCUGGGGUUGGAACGUCGCAAUCUGACACGACAAAUUCACUCACCAUACCUGGAACCACGGUAGUUUGCAUCGAUGGAUAUAAUAGUGGUAUACGAGGGCACUUAAACAUCAACGAAGGAGAUAUUCUCGAAGUCACCGGAGCUACGGAUUGCGGUCUUCUUGAAGGGGUCCUUAGAGGUCAGGGUACAGGUUUAUUUCCAGCGCACUGCGUUCAAGAAGUUAGGCUUCGCCAUACGAACAUUCCGCUUGGUCCUACACCUACCAGAGAUGGACGAAUCCGUGUUCUUGGAAGACGGGAGUCGCAACACACUUAUUUUGCUACAGCUCCAAGAUUAAAGAAACCCGUGACGUCGGAACUUCGUACUGUUGUCCUACAUCGUUCAAAGAAAGGUUUCGGUUUUGUACUGCGCGGUGCCAAAUCGCAUGCUUUAGUAGGGUUCACGCCAUCAGUUGAAUUUCCUGCUUCACAGUAUUUAGAAGACGUUGAUCCUGGUGGAGUCUCGGACCUCGCAGGACUCAGGAAAGGAGAUUUCCUUAUUCAGAUUAACGGUGAAGAUGUAACCACGGCCUCGCAUGACCAUGUGGUUGAUCUCAUUCAAAAAUCUAAGGAACUGGUCAGGAUGGCGGUGGUCUCGCCUGUUAUCAGUCUUCCAAAUUCACAAUCGGCAGCAGCACUGCCGACUAGUCAGUCCAUUCAAAGACAGUACGCUACCUUACCACGCAAGGGAAGUAAUAAUGUGGCGAUUGGAGGAACCUUGGGGAGAUCUCCGGCUCCCUUGCCUCCUCGAAGGGAUCCCAAAACUACUCUGAGUGUCGGUCGAGCCAGAGCUAGAUCUAUGGUUGCAGGCCUAGAGGGCGGGGAUGAAAAAGAGGAUCGAGAUGAUGUUACAUCCUCCGGGGCAAAAUCAAGUAGCGUCGAAUCGAUUCAUCUGCAGCAGCAACCAUCUACGGGUCCGAAUACUGGCCAAAACACUCCUGUGCAACCGAGAACAGCUAGUAUACGAUCCAGGCCAACUUCCAGUCGUAUCACUGCUGCAGAACUCGAGGAACUCUUUCAGCGUCAACAGGGUAAUCCUAGUGGACAGUACAGUUCGUCUAUGAUGAGCUCUCACUUUCAGACCAGCCAGUCCACCAAGUCUCAACCAUCUUUAGCUUCGAAGGGCGGCAGAGUUUAUGCGAGCGUCGCGGAAAUGAAACGCAAAGGAAAAUCGAUUUCGAGAGUUCAUUUCUUCGGUGGUCUUGGCGGCGGUUCGGAUCUUCAUCGGGACUUUCAUAGUACUCCUGAUCUUAAUGUACAAGCUCAGGUGGCCUGUAUGGUACCAAAAGGACAUCGGAGCCAAGAAGACGUUAACUUCUUGACUGGUAGAAAUGCGCUUCCGCCUCCAAAUCAUCCGCCACCACCACCUCCUGUUGGUCAAGUGAUUAAAGUGAACGUCGGUGCCAAUGUCCCUGACGUCGUUACUCCCGCGUCGGUCUAUGACAACAUGGCUCACAUACAACAAGUUAAAGAACUCGCUGCUGCGUCGUCAGAUGGAGGCUACGGGGUGAUGUCCAGUUUCCGACCAUCAAAUAGUGCGAAAUUGUACGCAUCACCGGAAGACAUGAAAACCGUAGGAUAUCGACCUCGAAGUUUACCAGCUCAUUCGACAAGGUCUCAUGUUAGGAAAUCUCACAGUCUUCGUGCACCAAAUGGCGGUACGUCAUUCAGAGAUCCAACAGGCCAGCAGAAUACCAAUAGUAAUGGCAAUGAUGUUAUCUCUACUAACAGCAAUGGUCUGCUGAUAGGAAGCAAUCAAUACGCGCAGCCUCUUAAGACCGGAAGAAGUCAUAGUACCGCUAGUAUUGUAAGAGGAAGGAAGAAAAAAAACUAUGUAAGCACAAGCUCUUCAGCAACGAAUCUUUCUACCAUUACCAAUGGCGGUGGAGCGAAUGGUCCAAAUUCAGCGCCACCAAUUCCGGAACCGGAUUACAGUCUUAGCGAGUCAGAGAAUGAGGAUGAUGAAGAUCUUACUGACGAAGGUGAAGAGUCGGAAAUUGCAAAAGAACUUGAGAUAGCUGCUGCAAGAGAAAAACUUGAAUCGACUAAAGAGACUUCCGGAAAUUCGAAUGCUUCCGGUGGUAGCGGAAGCAGUAGUUCAUCUGGUUCUGGUUCUUUGUCUCAUUCAUUCAGCGUGGACCAGAUUCAGAAUGUAAGGAAACAGCUUAAGACUCAGCAAUCUCUCGUUGAGGAUGGAGAUAACAGUUCGAGUGGUGUCAGUUCAGACCAGGAUGUUCCUGUGGGGCCACCAACUGGCUUUGACGAUACUUCACGAAACAAUGAGGCUCAUCAACACUCUAUGAUGGUGUUAGGGGACAAAGAAAACUGCAAUGGCAAAAGAGCAGGUUAUGGUGGUAGCGGUCAGCUCACGAGACAUGCCGUAAGUCUAGCUCAGCUUCCUCCACCCAUUGAAGCUGACGCAGAAGAGCAAAAUAACGAUCUCUUCGUGCCACCACCUCCAGAAUUCAACGCAGAUGGAUCAUCAGCUUGUAACUCCGGAGAGAUCGUCUUCGCACCUCCUCCCCAAUUUUGCGAUAACAGGCAACAACAGCAAAAUCGCGUGAAAAUCAUCGGGGCUAUACCAAAAGUUUCAAGUAAUAAAGUGAAGCCACCUACUGGACGAUUGCAUAGCCAGUAAGGAUGAUCUAGAGAUUUUUAAAUAAGUUGAUCAAAACGAAGCAAUUACUACAUUUCGAUAGAUUUAUCAAGUAUUAUGAAGCGAAAGAGGUUCACCGAGCCUAAGAUUAAAUUCCGGAAGUCACAAUUAGUACCAUUUGUACAAUUAGUACCAUUUGUACAAUGUGUAAACCAUUUGUCAAUAUUUAUGAUAGUUCUUUUCUCACCCUUUAUUCUUCCAAUAAUGUUUACUGAUGAGUUAUAGUUUCGAUAAGCUAGUAUCAGUUUAAUUUGGAUUUUAUCGUACAGAAUAAUUUUACUCAUAGUUACUUGUCUAUUUAUGUCUUCCCAUAUCACAAAAAUGCACCUAUCUUGAUGUGUAUUUAAUUAUCACAAUUCAAUUAAAUUUAAUUUUCAAGUCCGAAUUCUUAAUAGAAUGUGGCUUACGUGGAAAGGCUAAAAUGUAGUCAGGCAGAUCACGAAGCAUACAAUAGCUCCACACUAUCUACGAAUAUAUGUGUCAAAUUAAGGAAGAACUUUAUACCAAUCGAGCGUUUGAAACGUAUUAAAUACUUCGAAAAAUACUUGGUGAAUUUUCAGUGUAAACAUAGUGUAAGUAUGAAUGAUUUUAGUAUUAUCUGCGUGAAACAGGAAACCGUGUCUGAGAGGUCCGAGAGAGUUUCUAUGCUCAUGGUGGUCCAGAAGAUGGCCCAAGAGGUGUGAAGCUAGACACGAAAAAACAGUUUAAGUAUAAUUUGCAGCGCUAAGUCGUACGAGAAAAAAGAGUUGGUAAGUCUCUAAAUUGGAUAUUUUUAGAGAUUCUCUAGGGAGGGUUGGGACAUGUUUCCUCAUCGAAUGGUCGGCACUGUAUCGGAAGUUUGAUAUUUUCAUAGGAGGUCAAAAAGUAGAAAUAGUUUUAUUUUUUAUUAAUUCUUUUGUUUAUAACAAGUUUAUCACAUAUGUGGUUCAAAAUGAACAUUAUUACCUUUUCAGUCAUUUAUAAUUUUUCUGCGAUGAGUGUCGUCUCUAUUCUGUAUUAAAUCUUUUUGCUACUAAAAUUAUAAUUUAAAAUUGGCGCAAACUCAAGCCAAUCAAAAUCAAUAAAAAGUCAACUAGUUUCAUCACAGUCGCACUAAUUAGAAUUGGAGUACCCAGUGUCUCAACUCUCCUUUGAGGAUCUCUAGGUAUUUUCACUUAAUCUUCAGCUUACUUAAUUUCGUCGAAUGCUGAGGAGAAAAGAGUGGGCCAAAUGCAUUGCAAUAAACCUUAUUUUGUCAUUAACUUCGUAAAAAAAAAAAUUUCACUAUAAAUGUACUCGUGCAUCUGGAGCCAUUAUUUUCCUCUCAGCACUCGACGAAGGGAAGUUAGCUUGCGAUGAAGUCAAAAGAUCUAAUGCAUGCGCAAAUAUGUAUUGCAGUUUCUUUCAUAUAUUUCUAUUUAUCGGCUCUGUAUAUUGAAUAUCUUUUCAAAAAGUAAGGACUACUAAGGGCGUAGCGUCUCCAAGUUUAUUACAUUAGUCCAACAACGAAUUCGAGAUUUUUACAGACGAUACUUUCUACGUAUUGUGGUCUUCAAUUGUACAUAUUGUUUUAUUGAAUUAUUGGCUGCCAACCACCAUCCUGCUUUUCUUUUUUUCUAAUUUUAUAUUCUUAUUUGCAUUACAGUUUCUUUCGUUACACUUUUAUUUGUUAUACCAUGAAUAUUUCUGACUGAAGUUUUCAAUAAUUAUAAUUUUCUUCUUAAAUCUCUCAAGUGUACAUAAAAACAUUUGUUUUGGAAAUUGUAUUAACUGAUGAAACAAAAACUGCAAUUUUAUGCGAAUUUCCGAAAUGUUUAACCCAAUGAUGAGCGCUUAAGCUCUUAAAAACUUGUUUAUACUAACUAAUAAUGCAUGUACUUCUUUUUCAGCGCCAAAUGUUAAUAAUGUUUUGAAUCUUCAUUAAUUUUCUGAAUUAAUCGAAGACAAUAUAUGUCCCUUUGUAUGUCCUGUAUCAUAUUCAAAAGUUUUAGCAUAAAACAGUAUUUAUGUGGGACAAAAACUUAAUGAAACUAAAAUACUGUAUUCAGUUUACUUGGCAGUAGCACUUUUUACCCCCUCAGCCUAGCCUGGGCGUAUUAUACUCGGACGAUAUUUUCCGCUCGCUGUAUAGUUUUUUCAGUUUUCAGAAAAUAUUUAUAGUAAUAUGCUGAAUGAAUCUUAAUAAUUUUACAAUAUUCAUUUUUGUGACACUUUUAGCUAUAGUUAAAAAAAAUUCAUUCCGAUACGGUAAUUUAAUCCAGAUAUAUUAAAGUCGAGACUGUGAGGGGAAUAUAAUCAAUUAUUCAUUAGUGAUAGCUUCUAUUUCUUGUUGUACACUUCAGGGUCAGCGACCCUUUCUUGGAGAGGAUAUAGAAUAAUAUCACAUCCUGAAAUAAAAAUGAUUGUUUUAUUUACGUAUCUUUUUUCAAAAAAUGAAUUUAUAUAACAGGAGGCCUCUAAAUGAAACAAAUUUUGAAAUUGAAAAUUUUUUAAUUUUACAAACUGAAAGCCAUGAAAAUGAAAAUUUUUUAAUUUAAGCUUCAUAAAUUACAUCUACACGGAUUGUUAUAUUUAAAAUAUUCUUACUUCAUCAUUUUUUAUGUUCCUGAGCUGUUACUAUAGCCUUACUAGAGUGUCUUAAUGAAUUUCAUUUGGCGGGAAAUUGCGGAUGCAUUUUUUUACAAAAUACAAUGAUUAGCCUUCGUAUUGUUCACACAAUUAGUUUACAUUUCCUCGAUGAAUGUAGAUUCUGUUGUAUAGUUUAAGAGUCGAGAGCAAUCUAUAAAAACUUUUAUAAUUAUCUCAAGAAAUUAGAAAAGUGUUUUUUCAUCAAAUGACACAAAAUGAGUGAGUGACACUUCAAAUAUUCGAAGUUAUUUGACCAACCUUGUGAUCAAUGAUUACAAUUUAAAACGUAUAAAUCAGCUAAUGGUCAAUUGAAUAAUAUUAUUAGUAAAGGUAAAGCAGGAUUGGUGAUGUUGGUGCUGGAACACAUUUUAGAGAAUGUUAUUCGACGAGUAACAUUAAGUUAUAUUAUUUGUUUAGCUCCUCCUUGUGUAUAGACACUGCUCAAAAGCCUAAUCUUAAAAUGAAACUAUUCACAAAGUCAUUAGAUUGUUCCUAGUUUGUAACGUCGGAUAAGUUCUAUGAUACAUUUGCAAUAAUCGAUAGUUCCUUUGGAGCGUAGGAAAUCAAGAUGCCCUGUACUAUGUUAAUGCAUCACCAUACUCUCAACGAACUCAGCUUGUAAAAUAGACUCUAAUUCUCCGAAUUUUAUUCUUGAUUUCCGAGAGUCGAGAGGUUGUGAACCAUCGAAGCAGUGAAAUGACAUCGAUUUUCAUUCCUUACAAUUAAUCAUACAUGUUUUAUUGCAUUUAUACAAAUUCAACCUUGGAUUUCUCUCUACAGAUCAAAGACGCUGUUUGCAUUAGUUUCCAUGUACAUAAUAAUAGUAUUUCUUUCUGCUGUCUAGGCAGCAUCAGGAUCAAUUCUAAGUGUAGUAAAAGGGAACCUCGCGGCUCCCGGUAAGAAUGCUAUAUUAUAUUGUAUAUAUUAAAUAGCAUUACUAAUGUUAUCGAUAUCAUUAUCAUUAAAGUAUUCUGUAGAAUGAAUACCCGUAAAUUCCUUCAUAUACUAAUUGUUUGUAUGCCUUUGUAAGUAAAAACAUAUUAAUACUGUUAAGUCUCUUUGUAUCUAAACAAAUUUUUCAGAGCCAUUUUGAAAUUGCGAAAGUAUUUGUUUUUUAGGCGGGGCCCCGCCUAAAAAUGAGGGUGAUUUUGCUUUGAAAUUUACUUAUUCUUAAAUUUAAAGUAUUUCGACUUAUUUAAAAGUAGAUUCUGUUGCAAUUAAGACCGACGCUAUAUGCAAAAAGGGACUAUAUAGUUACAACAUUCCUGCCAAAAGUAAUAUAAUAUAUUAUAUCGAAAUUUAUAAGAGUUACUAAUAAUAUGCACACUUGCAGAAAGUGCAUUUAUUCCUACUCGUCAUCGUUAUCCCUUUUUAACUGUCUGAGUGAUUUUAUCAGAAGUUCUACAGUUCUGUUGAAUGUGUCUUUCGUACAUUGCACGUCCAUACCUAAAAACAUGGUAAAUCGACGCGACGCCUCCGCACGCCCACUGACUGUUAGUUUUUAUAUCGGAAUACAGUUUCGAAAACACGAAAACCAUUUCUAGUAGAGGAAAUGGUUGAAUCGGUAUAUCUAGUAAAGAGCUUAAAAUCUAAGAAGAGAGAAAUGAUGAAUGAGUUUAUAAAAUUUUUACAUCCGAAA